AUGCCAGAAGUAAGCGAAAUUGACAAGUGUAGAGCGAAGAGAAAAUUCGCGAAAGCUAGCGUGACAAGAAAUAUGAAUCGUGUCAGAGAGCUGAUCUCUAGCGAUGGAAGUGUUUCGAAAGUCCGACAGUUUGCCAAAGGUGUAGAAAAAGGUCGUACGAAAGCCCGUGACCUUACGAAAGAACUGGAAGAGCUUAAUCCAGCGUCAAUUGAGACUGAUGGUAGCUGGUUAGAAGAGGUAGAAUUUGAUGUCAACGAAGUCCUGGGAGAAGUUGCUGAAUAUUUAUUAAAGUCUGAGAGCCCAUCGCCAAACGAACAGUCUAGUAUUACACCACCAACUGCUCAGAAUAACGAUGAAAAUACUGAAACUGUGAACGAUUCAAUGUCUGGGAAAAGAACUGGUCUGAAAGGUGUUGAGAUCCCAUCAUUCGAUGGAAAACCAGAUAAGUGGCCGUACUUUUGGGGAAUAUUUAGUUCUCUUGUCCAUAAAAACGAUAAACUAACGCCAGCAAUCAAGCUAGCUCAUCUGAAUAGCUGUUUAACGGACAGA